AUGUAUUCACUUCUAUCUAGCAUAGCGGUACUAAUUCCAUUAAUAUGUGCACAGUCAAGCUUCACACCAGCUAGACCACCUGCGAUUCCGUUGGCCGUCCGCACGCCAUACCUCAGCACAUGGCAGGCUGCUGGCUCCAAUGGUGGUAAUGGAGGCUACCUCGCAGGCCAAUGGCCCACCUUCUGGGCAGGUCAGAUCAAUGGCUGGGCCGGCUUAAUUCGAGUCGAUGGCGAGACUUAUACAUGGAUGGGAAAACCAGACCCAUUACCUACGAUUGUGACACAGACAGCAUUUGAAUACACUUCCACAAGAAGCACUUUCACCAUGGAGGUCAACGGCAAAGUUUCGAUGAACAUUACUUUCCUAUCUCCGGUCUCUCCAACAAACAAGGAGAGACAGGGUCUGCCAGUGUCGUACAUGUCGGUCAACGUGCAGUCUUCGGACGGCGCAGAGCACGAUGUCUCUAUCUACACUGAUAUCAGCGCCGAGUGGACGUCGGGCGAUCGUAGCAAGGUCGCUGAAUGGAGCCGUGGCACUGCCAGAGGAAUGGGAGCUGCUGCUGGCAAUGCCAACAUUGCCUAUCACAAAGUCUGGAGACAGGUGCAACAGGAGUUCUCUGAGGACUCUGAUCAGGCCGCCUGGGGCAACUGGUACUAUACUACCGAGGAUGCCGAGCAGCUCACUUACCAGUCUGGAGCCGAUGUCAACGUACGCAAGAAGUUCACUGACGAUGGCACGCUGGCAAACACCGACGACACAAAUUUCCGACCCAUCAGUGAAGCUUUUCCAGUUUUCGCCUUCGCCAAAAAUCUCGGAUGUGUUGGCAACCAGAAUGUCGAGACCCUUUUCACGGUCAAUCUCUUGCAGCAGAACAGCGUGCAAUUCGCCACAGGUGUCAACCAGAUCCAGUCCAUGCCAGCUUACUGGCGUGCAGUUUACGGCGACGAUGAGCUUAGCGCUGUCGCGACGAUGUACUACGACUACCAAGACGCAUCAGCAUCGAGUGCCGGUCUUGAUGCCCAGGUUGACCGAGAUGCACGUGCUGUAGGCGGAGCCGACUAUGCUACGAUCACAUCUCUCGCUGUGCGUCAAGCGUUUGCAUCUGUGCAGCUUGCUGGCACGCAGGACGAGAACUACCUUUUCUUGAAGGAAAUCAGCUCCAACGGCAACUUCCAGACUGUCGAUGUGGUCUUCCCUUUCCACCCAAUCUUGAUGUACCUGAACCCAGACUGGAUGAAGUUGAUCUUGGACCCUCUCUUCAUUAACAUGGAGGCACCUGGCCUGUGGCCACAGGACUAUGCCAUUCACGAUCUCGGCGAUCAUUACCCGAAUGCCACAGGCCAUCCAGAUGGUAUUGCGGCUUUGCAACCUCUUGAAGAGUGCGGCAACAUGCUCAUCAUGACUCUUGCGUAUGCUCAGCGCACAAAUAAUAUCGAUUACCUGAACGCGCACUGGGAUGCGCUGCACAAAUGGGGCCAAUGGCUCAUCACCAACAACUCUGUCAUUCCAUUUAACCAGAUCUCCACAGACGACUUCGCUGGUCCACUCGCCAACCAGACAAACCUCGCUUUGAAAGGCAUCAUUGGCCUCAAAGCCGCUUCCAUCAUCGCCAACCUAACUGGGCGCUCCACCGAAGCCCAAGAGUACGACGAGCAGUCUCGAGACUGGAUUCAACAAUGGCAAGAUCUCGGAAACUUACCCAACGCCAAUCCACCUCGCACCUCUCUCAGCUAUGGCGACGAGGAAUCCUGGGGCCUACUGUAUAACCUCUACGGCGACGCCCUCUUGGAAGCCAACCUCGUACCGAAGGAAAUCUACGAACAGCAGAGCGACUUCUACCCCACUGUCCAAGCAUGUUUCGGAGUACCAUUGGAUACUCGUGCGAGGAGGAGCAAGAAUGACUGGGAAAUGUUUGUCGCGGCAAUUGCCAGCGAUGAGACACGAGAUAUGUUUUUGAGUGAUUUGGUCAAGUUCAUUAAUGAGACGCCUACAGCUGGGCCUGUUACGGACUUGUUUGACGUUGAUACGGGAGAUUAUCCUUCUGGUACGAUGUUCAGAGCGCGGCCAGUUGUUGGGGGUUGGUUUGCGCUUUUGGCGCUUCCGGAGGGGAGGAGAGGUCUGCCUAGGUGA